AUGGCUACCCUUAACAUUCGUCGGGAUGUCGCCGACCCCUUCUAUCGCUACAAGAUGGAACGUCUUCAGUCCAAGAUCGAGGGCAAAGGCAACGGUAUCAAGACUGUCAUCGUCAAUCUGAGCAGUGUCGCUCAGUCGUUGGCGCGACCACCGUCUUACGUCAUCAAGUAUUUCGGUUUCGAGCUUGGUGCUCAAACCAAUACCAAUCCUGCCGAUGACCGUUGGAUCAUCAACGGUGCGCAUGAAGCUUCCAAGCUGCAGGAUUAUCUAGACGGCUUCAUCAACAAAUUUGUUCUCUGCAAGAUGUGUAAGAACCCGGAGACGGAAGUCAAGAUCAAGGAUGGACAUAUCACGCUGGAUUGCAAGGCCUGUGGCCGACGCUCCGACGUAGACCUUCGUCUCAAGCUCAGCUCCUUCAUCCUCAAGACCCAGCCAAGGAAAGGCAAAAAGGACAAGGCUGAGAAGAAAGCACGCCGAGCCAUGGCCAAAGAGAACGGCGAUGCCGACCAGAAUGGAAAUGGACAUGCAUCUCCCGACGGUAGCAAUUCUGACAAUGCCGACGCUGAAGACGGAGACCUUGCAUUGGAAGCUGGAAGCGACGAUGAGCUUACCCGUCGCAUCAACGCCGAAGCCAAAGACUUGAAUGGAUCGGAUACUAAGGAUGACCAAUGGACCGUGGAUGUCUCCGAGGCCGCUGUCAAAGCUCGCGCUCAAGAGCUACCCGAUGACUUCAAGCAGACGCUCACACUUGAUGGUGACGACGAAGAAGGCGACGGCGAGGGAGGUGGCAACAGCGCCUACGAUCAACUUGGAAGCUGGGUCAUCAGCACCGCUCAAUCAAAGACAGGCGGUGUCAAGGACGUAGAGGACGUUGACAUCUACAUCAAGGCCAAAGAGCUGGGAAUCGAGACCAAGCACAAGACUUUGACUGUGCUUGCUCAGACCAUCUUUGAUGAUUCCAUCGUCGAACAGAUCCCUACUCGUGCCAGCAUGCUCAAGAAGAUGAUCACCUCCGAGCGUCACGAAAAAGCCUUCCUAGGUGGCACCGAACGUUUCGUCGGCAAUGAGCACCCCAAGCUUGUCCCUCAGGUCCCCAAGAUACUACUCGCCUUCUACCAGCAGGACCUCAUCUCCGAGGGCGUGCUCAAGAAUUGGGGCUCCAAGGCUAGCAAAAAAUACGUCGACCUCGCCACCAGCAAAAAGGUCCGCAAGUCCGCUGAGCCGUUCUUGGAAUGGCUCAAUACUGCUGAAAGCGAUGAGGAGGAAUCCGAGGAGGAGUAA